UCACAGGCUCGUUCGUGUUGUGAGGAAAGAGUUAAACGUCCAAAUCCUAUUACGGCCUCUCAAUGGUUACACAUAAAUUGAUUUAGACAAGUCACAUGGUGGGAAAUCGGCAGGCUGCAGGUUACCCGAAAGAGACAAAUCGCGUCUGUCCCGUGAGGUGAACUUGUCUCUGCAGAACAACAUGGAUUUUAUGACAGAUCGGGAUGUGCAGAAGUACAGGGAGGACGGGUACGUGGUUCUGGACGGGCUGCUGACCUCCCAGGAGUGCGAUGAGCUGAAGCAGAGGAUGGCAGAGAUCGUGGACCGGAUGGACGUCCCGGAGCACUGCCGCACCACCUUCUCCACCUACCACGACGAGCAGCUGAAAACACAGAUGCAGGGAAACGCUGACUAUUUCAUCACAAGUGGAGACAAGGUCCGCUUCUUCUUUGAGAAGGGAGUCUUUGACGAUAAAGGGGAAUUCACCGUACCGAAGCAGCGCUCACUCAAUAAAGUUGGACAUGCGCUACAUGCCCAUGAGCCAUUGUACAAAAAGGUUACACAUUCACCCAAAGUUCAGGGGAUCGCUAAGAAGCUGGGUCUUGUAAGUCCUGUGAUCCUGCAAAGCAUGUACAUAUUUAAGCAACCGGGAAUCGGUGGAGAAGUGACACCUCACCAAGACGCCACGUUUCUCUACACGGAGCCCCUGGGCAGAGUUAUGGGUCUGUGGAUUGCCCUGGAGGAUGCUACUGUUAAUAAUGGCUGCCUCUGGUUCAUCCCUGGAUCACAAAAUAGUGGAAUUUCUCGACGUAUGGUGCGCACCCCAAAGGGAACCUUCCCCCUGACAAAUUUCACCGGCAGAGAGCAGGAGUACGACGACGAGAAGUUUGUCCCCGUGCCAGUUAAAAAGGGCGGUGUCGUCCUGAUCCACGGGGAGGUGGUGCAUCGAAGUGCUGAGAACACUUCAGACGACUCUCGUCACGUCUACACCUUCCACAUCAUGGAGGCCCAGGACGCUCGCUGGAGCCCUGACAACUGGUUGCAGCCCACUGAAGAGCUCCCUUUCCCAUCUCUCUACACUAAAUGAAGGAUGUCAGUGACAUUUGUUGCUGGACAAUAGUUUGUUUCCCAGUGAAGGACCAACAUGUAUGAACAAUUUUAUCCCUUGAAAAUGUGCUGAAAUUUCUUUAAAAGAAGCUGUGACCAACAUGUAGACUAGUAUCCAGACACACAAAAAAUAUCACCAGUGUUUUUUUUAACACCAGUGUAUUUUUGAGAGAAAAAUUAAUUUGAAUAAACAUUUUUAAACAAG